CGCGUGCACUUUAGCCGCUAUUUGCAGCCUUUCAAUCACCGGGUCCCGGCCGGUGGUUACUUGCUUCCGGUGAUCGAGGAACAUUACCGACGGAGGGAGAGAACUAUAUGUAAACAAUACAGAUCUCUCCCGUCCGCUCCUGCACACUGCUUUGUAUGGCUGUGCAUAGCACAGCCAUAGUAAAGCACGCGGACACGGCACAUAGUAAAGCAGCACACAGUUAACCCUUUGAUCACCCUCAUGUUAACCCCCUUCCUGCCCAGUGUCAUUAGUACAGUGUCAGUGCUUUUUUUUUAGCACUGAUUCCUGUAUUGGUCUCACUGGGGAUGUCAGUGACACCAAGUCAGUUCCCCCCAGGGUCAGAAUGCCCGCCACAAUCCCGCAGUCCCGCUAUAGUCACUGA